CGCAAACUCUGUCACUUUCAACGACAAGUGUGCGUGAUUGAGAUCUUAGCAGCUGGACCCUACAGUGACAGACUYAAAUCAUUGACAACGACUCAGGACAGUCUGCUCUCAAUCGAUYGGCACAAGUACAAUCUACACUCUACCAAGAUAUAAAAGAGAAGAAACGAUAUACGUCAUGAAGACCUUCAUCCAGAUUACUCUAGCUCUUGUUACAUUGGUUGCUGUUGACGCGUUCGCGCCGACAACGGUUAAUUCGUCGACCCGACAAAGCUCAUGUCCGAAUACUCCUUUGAUGGCGGUUGUUGAUAUCAAUGGUGAAGCAGCCUUCGAUAAAACUAUCAGCAGUUCCGGAGAUUCUCUGGUGGUUGUAGAUUACAGCACAACAUGGUGAGGUUUGGUUAAUUUAUAUCUUUAGCAAUGAUGUGGAGAUAUACAAGUACGAGGUCGUACAGGUCAAUGCGUGAAUAGAGCAACAAUGUUGACCUAAUUGACUUAGUUCUGACCGAGUUUUUCCUCCAUUGUUCUAUUUUCCGGUUUUUCCUUUACMAGGUGUGGACCAUGUAAAGUUAUUGCUCCAAAGUUUGCAGAAUUCAGCGAGAAGUACCCCGAUGCUGUCUUCCUUAAGGUUGUUGGAGAUGCCUCCCCCGAUGCAUCCAAAUUGAUGAAGCGAGAGGGUGUGCGAUCGGUCCCUUCGUUUCAUUACUUUAAGGAUGGAGAAAAAGUUGACGUUGUAAACGGUGCRAAUGCCGAAGCUAUUGAGGCUGGUAUUACGAAGCAUCUUUAAUAAACAAUGUUGUGUUCAGUACGAGCAGAAAAACGACGAAGGAUGUCUCAACAAAUCACUGCCKUAGUUAUCACUUGGGGUUGUUUCAUCUGGCAGUACGCCUUUGCAAUUGAUAAUGUAAUCAAUUGUUCGCUACAGAUAGACAUCCAUGGCUAUCGAUCAAGAAGCUUCGGCAGAAAAUAGUCGUUUCGGAUUGCAUUCCGCCAACAUCCGGAUAGACAGAUUGCAAUAUAGUUACCUGGUGCAUAGAUUUUCUAAUUAAAAGAUUGCGAACAA